CUUCUGCCGCGCGCGUUUCUUAAUAUGGCGAGCGGUCCCAGAUUCACUCCGUUUGGUAUCACCGAUAUCCUAAAAACUCAAGGCCAGGAAGGCAAUUCCAGCGUUGAGGCACAUGGUAAACUCGCAGAGAGGUCGUAUACAUCGACACCGGGGGAUCUGAACGAGCUUCAUCACCAAGAUACACAACCAGAAUGCGGUGACGAAUGCAGAAUGAAACCUCUUGAACAUGAGAAGAGUAAGAUUGAAGAAUCGGACGAAUUUGAGUCGGAGAGAGUCACAGAGAACGAAAAAAAUACGAAGAAACCAUCGAAUGGAAACUUUGCCUCGCCUUUGCACAAGAAACGGAGAGUUUUAUUCACACAGGCCCAGGUCUACGAACUCGAGAAGGCCUUCCGACGGCAGAGGUACCUUUCGGCGCCAGAACGCGAGGAGCUGGCACGAGUGUUGGACAUGACUCCAACACAAAUCAAGAUAUGGUUUCAGAAUCACAGAUACAAGUACAAAAAACAGCAAAGAAACUUGGAAAACUACAAUGCCAUGACUCAACAAAGGGCCUUUAUGACGCCUAUGCAAAGAGAUGCCUAUCUUAGCUACAUGUGGACUCUGCCACAAGCCGCGCAUGCGCAGAAUUAUGGCUAUUAUUCCACCGCACAGCAUCACGGGUAUCCUCGAUACAGCGUCUUAUGAUACACUGGC